AUGGGAAUUUCUAAUUUAUUACAAUUUUUGAAACCUAUAAUAAAAAAUACACAUAUUAGUAAGUAUGAAAAUGGAGUCGUGGGGGUUGAUAUUAUGUGUUGGAUUCAUAGGGGACUUAUAAGUUGUGCCUUUGAUAUCGUUACAGAUAAUCAUAAUGAAAAUUAUUUAAGCUUUAUUGAAAAAAUGCUAGAAACUAUUCAUCAAUAUAAUAUUAAAGUUAUAUUUGUUUUUGAUGGGGAAGAACUACCAGAAAAAAAAAAAGAAAAUUUAAUAAGGAAAGCACGACGAGAAAAAGCAAAAGAAGAAGCCCUUGAAAUUAUUAAAAAAGUUAAACACCCAAGAAGUAAUGAACUUGUAAUUAAAAAAUGCAUUCAAGCAAUAAGUGUAUCAAAAGAAAUUAUUCAAUCUGUUAUUAAUUUUUGUAAAAAAAAAAAUAUAUAUUAUAUUAUUUCACCUUAUGAAGCUGAUGCUCAAUUGUCUUAUCUAUGUCGUAUGGGUUUUAUUUCAUGUGCUAUUAGUGAAGAUAGUGAUUUGCUAGUUUAUGGAUGUCCUAGAGUUUUAUAUAAAUUUAAAAAUACAGGAGAAUGUAAUGAAAUUACUUUAAUGCCUAUCAAUGAUUUACUAGACCCAGAUAUUAUAAACAAAAUCAAAAAUCCUAUAUCUGAUUCUUUCAACCAAUUCUAUAUAACCCCAAUUAAAAGUAUACAAAAUGAUGAAUCAAAUCUUUCUGAUUCUUUUAUUUCCUAUGAAGAAAAUGAAAGUCCCAUACCUCGUCGCAAAAGACGAAGAAAUACAAAAAAAGACAAAAAAAAAAAAAAAAAACUUAAAAAAAAUCAUAAACAACUCGUAGAUCAAAGUAGUGAUGCAAAUGAAGAAAUAUAUAAUUCAAAAAAUAAACAAAAUAUACAAAAUAAACAAGAUCCUGAUCAAAGCUGUAACAAGGUCAUGAAAACAUAUAUCAACAAUUUUUAUUGGCCUGAAGAAUUAUACAAGUUAAAAUAUUUCAAUCUUGAUAUGUUUCUAGCUAUGUGUAUAUUAAGUGGUUGUGAUUAUACUAACGAUUUUCAUAUUACUGGAAUGGGAAUAAAAACUGCAUUCAAUUUAAUAUAUGAAUAUAAAACGAUACAAAAUAUUUUUUCUUUUCUAAUUUCACAUGAUAAAUGGAAAAAUAAAAUACCCCAAAAUUUAAAUUCAUUAGAUAAGUUAAUGGAAAAAUAUAAUGAAAUCAAAAAUGCAUUUUUACAACAUCAAGUUUAUGAUUUUAUUCUGAACAAAAAAGUCCCAAUACAUCAAUCGUUUGGAAGUUUUUUCAAAGAAGAAACUUCAAAUCUUUUAUGUAAUUCAGAUGAUAUGGAUAAUCGUUUCAAACUUUCUGAUGAUGUUUUUGUUCAUAAAGUUAUCGAAUCUUCACUUUUUUUUGACUUCUCGAAAUUUGACAACAAAUGUUUGAAUGACUCACUAGAGGAUGUAAUCGACCAAACGGAAGAGGAAGACGAAGAAAAAAUCCUAAAACUUGAAAAAUUGGAAAAAUCGGAUAACGAUGCUACCAGAAGUCCAUUCUUAAAAAAUUUAACUCCACGUCGUCUUCUGCUUUCCAACUCAUCAUUUGAUAACAAACAAGAACUACAAAAUCGGGACAACAUAAAUAACCUUGAUAAAAUAUUUAAAAAUUUCACAUCAGAAUGUUUUGAAUAUUUAGAGAUAUCACCAGGUAUUGUUGAAAAACAUAAACAAAUAAAUCCCACUGAUUCCCAAUAUGAUAAUAAAUCCGAAUUAAAUCUUAUUAGCAAAAAUAUAAAAUCCGAACAUGAACACGAACCCAAUUUGUCUAACAUUUUACUUUCUUCCCAAAAUUCCAAUCCUAAUAAUGAUAUCAAAAAUCAUAUAACUCUUAUAAAAACUAAAAACGAUGAAGAUCAAUUUACCAAUCCUAUUUUUUUAUCAAAACUUAAUGAAUUUGAAAAUAAUAAAUUUAUGGAAUCGACAUCAAACCAAGAUGAUCACACACAUGAACAAACCCCUAAUCACCAAUUGGACAUAAGACAAAAUCUGACCAUAUCUAAUGAUCAUGAUUUGCCUUCAACCAAUAUUACCACUCAAAAUACAGAUAAAAAAAAUACUCAAAUAAAAAGUGCAAAAAAUCUUUAUGAAAAUAUGAAAAAAACAUUUACUUUAUUCAAAACUUUAGGAGAUAAAGACGAAAUUAGUCAUGAUCUUAAGUCACCUCAAAAAAAUACAAUCAUACAUGAAAACACAAUUCAAGAUCCUCAAAAUUAUGUCAAAAAAAAUGAAAAUAAUACUUUUGUUCCUCCUUUAAACAGAAGUAAGUUACACAUAAAAACAAAAAAUUCUAAUGGCCAAUUACAAAUAACAAAUUUUUUUAAAAACCCUCACAAGGAUGAAUUAAUAAAUAACAACAAUAAUACCCUCAAUCAUUUUGAACAGACAAAUGAUCAAAACAGUAAUCAUAUUUAUACUUCUCCCAAUAAACUUAAAAAAAUUAAAACAGAUGAAAUAUCAACAGAUCACGAUAAAGAUAUUCAUAAUGAAGAUACAACAGAUAAAGACUUUCUCAACACUGAUUGGAAAAAUGCAAAAAUAUCUAUCCAUUCUUCAAAAUUGACACAAAAUAAUUCAACUACCUUCCAAAAUAAAACACAAGAAAACGACAAAAAUAUUAACCUCGAUUAUAUGCUUCAAAACCUAAACUAUAAUUAUCAACCAAAAAUACAAAAAUUAAACACCUUCGAUUAUUUUAAGGAAAAAGAAAAUGACCCACAUUAUAAUCCAUACAAGGACAACACUUCGUGA